AUGCAGCCUUCUUAAGAAAAAGAAAUCAUUGAAUUUAUGUUUAUAACGGGAUGUUAAGAUGAAAAUAAAGCCUUAUAAUAUUUUUAGAUGAGUAACAAUAAUUUAGAAGUUUAUUAUAUGAAUCUAUAUAUAGAGUGCUAUCCAACUAUUUUAUGAUUUAGAAGGUCAUCCAAGUUUGAAUUCAUAAUCAAGUUUUUAAUCUCAAGCAUCAUCAUAAUAAUAACAUUAAAAUCAACAGAAACAUUUAGGUUAACAAGAUGUGAAAGAUGGUAUAAAUAUUCUUAGAAUUAGUGAAUACAAUGAUUUUCAAUUAAAAUAAUCCACCUCCAGAUUUAAUAAGGUAGAGAUCAGCUCCAGAUACAAAUUUGAUGGAGAGAUAUAAAUUAUAUCAAGAGUAAAAAAGAGCUAAUGAUGAUGGCAUUUUAAAAAAGACUUUUAAAUAUGGCUGGAAUGUUAUCACCUAUUUAUGUAUUUAGAAUUUUCUAUUAUUCAAGUUAAAAAAGGGCCAAAUCAUGGUUUAGAUUUUUAGAGUUAUCUUUAAAAACAAUAGAUUUAAACAACUAUUAAUUUUUAAAUGGGCAACUUUACUGAUAAUAUAAGAAAAGCACAUGAAGAGGCAAAACCUUUAUUGAUAUAUUUACAUAAUCAAUAAUCUUUAUAUACAUUUUAAAAAAUGAUAAGCAGUAAAACUUUAGCAUAAAUAAUUAAUAAAAAUUAUUAAAUUGUUGGAUUUUUGGAAAGUCCAUAAGUGUAUGAAUAAUUGCCAGUAAAACCUUAACCUCCAACUAUUUUAAUCUACAGAUUAGAUUUAACUUAGUAAGCUGUAUUAAUGGAUACAAUUAAUUUGACACCUGAAAGCAACUUCGAAGAAUUAGCUGCAAAAUUAAAAUAAAUUAAAGGUUAAUUUAAUAAAUAAUUUAUUCUGGAGGAUUCAAUAAAAAAAGAAGUUGAUGGUCCUUCAUAAUAUUUACCAAAUUAUAAUGGUUAUUAAUAUUAAAGAUAAUAAUAAUAUAAUUAAACAAGGUAGCAAGAUAUAGAAAGAGAAUAAUUAAUUUAAUAACAAUAAGAAGCAUAUAGAAUUGCUGAGUAAUUAGCUUCAGAAAAAAAAAGAAAAGAAUUAGAAAUAAUAUAAAAUGAAUAAAAUAAAUUAGUUUAAUAACAAUAAUUAAGUGUAUUAAAUAAAUUAAUUAUAGGAAUAAAGACUUUUACAAAAAGCUACAAUGUUAUCAAACUUACCAAAUGAACCAGAAGGUGAAGAUGGAAUUGAAAUUUUAUUUAGAUUUAUAAAUGCAACCAGAACUAGAAGAUUUAAUUUAGAUGAUAAAAUUUAGGUAUAUUUAUUUAAAUAUUUUAGUCAAUCUUUGAUUUUGCUUUGAGUUAAGAAGAUGAUUGUUUCAAUGAUCCUAAUUCAAAUAUAGAUUUAAUUCAAAAUUUCCCAAGAUUAUCAUUAAAAGACAAAAAAGAUGAAAAUAUUAGUGAUGUGUUUACAGAUUCGACUAAAAUCUAAUUAAUUGUAGAAGAAUUUGAUUGA